AACGGCCCUUACUUUCUCUUCAAACUCUUCCUCUCUACCUGCAACACUCUUCCCAUAAUUCAAAGCAGCGUUUGCACUCUCCUGAAGAAGUUUUGGUCCUCUUUGCGCGUGUCCCGUUCUCUUCUCCAAGUUGAAUACAAAACCUCAUUUGGUCCGCAACCUCAAAGUAAACUCUUCCAUGGAGGUUAAACUAUGGAACCAUAAGCGCGAAAUAGAGAUGGAUGAGAACUUUGCUGAGCUCUUUGCAAUUAUCAAAGCAACAGAGAAGCUUGAAAAGGCCUAUGUUCGUGACAUAAUUUCACCAACAGAGUAUGAGGCUGAAUUCCAAAAGCUGAUUGCUCAUUUCAAAACUCUAUCUUCCACUUUGAAAGACACUGUUCCAAGUAUUGAGCGGUUUCAUGAUACCUAUAAAAUGGACUGCCAGGCUGCCCUAUACCGCCUUGUGAUCUCAGGCGUGCCUGCCACAGUGGAGCACAGGGUGGCUUCAGCAAUGUCGGUGACUACCUCAGCCGCCAUUGUGGCUGAAUGUGUGCAAAAUUUCAUUACGGCAAUGGACUCAUUAAAGUUGAAUAUGGUGGCUGUGGAUCAAGUUUAUCCGUUGCUCUCUGAUUUAUCAGGUUCGCUCAAUAAGCUUUUGAUUUUGCCGCCUGAUUUUGAGGGGCAAACAAAGAUGAGAGAGUGGAUUGGGAGGUUGUCAAAGAUGGGGGCAGCGGAUGAGUUGACAGAGCAGCAGGCUCGGCAGCUCCAGUUUGAUCUUGAGUCAUCUUACAACUCUUUUAUGGCGGCAUUGCCAACUGCAGGGACUUAACUAAUUGCAGGACCAUGAAGACUCCAUUUCCAUAUCCGUAUCCAUUCUUGGAUACAUUCCAACCGGCCCUAAAAAGACUCCCAAUCGAUGCUUGUUGGAUGGAUGGAGAUAUGGACACAUCCCUUGUAUGUAGGCCUCGGAAUUAAAAGGCUAGCAAUUGGAAUGAGAUUUUCUGCAAUUUCGCCCCUAACGGAUUAUUUAUCAUGUAUUCAAAAAGAUGAGAGAAGAACCGUA